AGCUCACGUUUUCUCCAUUGCCCAUUUCCGAACCACCCCAUCAUGGCAACGACCCUGGUUUUACAGACCAAGAAAGUGAGAGAGAGAGAGAGAGAUUAAGACGGGAGAGAGUUUGAGUUCUUGAAGGAACCCCCAGCUAAGACAGCAUCAGCAUACCACGCUGUCCUCUUCUCCCUCAGAUUAGUGUUCAUUUCCACCGAUAAUCUCACGAUUUUCCGUUUUUUCCACCGCUCUUCACUUACUUCUUAUACUGCUUCCAUCCCCAUUCAUCACCCACAGGCAAGUUCUUUGCAGUCUCGCAGACAUUAAGAGGAUAUAGAUGGCUCCGGAAGGUCAUUCUAGCCUUGAAUCACCAAGGAGAAGAUCUGGGCUACUAAGAGAUCAAGUCCAGAUAGUGAAAAGAAGGGAUUGUGAUCGUUAUGAGAUUGUCCCAAUUCAAGACACACUGUCAUUUGAGAAGGGAUUCUUCGUUGUGAUCCGAGCAUGCCAAUUGUUGGCUCAAAAGAACGAGGGAAUAACUUUAGUGGGAGUGGCUGGUCCGUCUGGUGCUGGAAAGACUGUGUUUACUGAAAAGAUUAACCACUUCAUGCCUAGCAUCCCUGUCAUUAACAUGGACAACUAUAACGAUCCAACUCGCAUUAUCGAUGGCAACUUUGAUGAUCCUCGCUUGACGGAUUAUGGAACUUUACUUGAGAAUAUCCAUGGCCUAAAAGCUGGAAAGCCUGUUCAAGUUCCUAUAUAUGACUUUAAGUCGAGUUCUCGUAUUGGAUACAGGACGGUUGAAGUUCCUAGUUCUCGAGUAGUAAUCAUUGAAGGGAUUUAUGCUCUGAGUGAAACACUGCGGCCUUUGAUUGAUCUUCGUGUCUCGGUCACCGGUGGAGUGCACUUUGACCUUGUAAAACGGGUUCUUAGGGAUAUUCAGCGUGUUGACCAAGAACCAGAAGAAAUCAUCCAUCAAAUCUCCGAAACGGUCUAUCCAAUGUACAAGGCUUUUAUCGAACCAGAUCUAAAGACAGCCCAUAUAAAAAUCAUCAACAAGUUUAAUCCGUUCUCUGGUUUUCAGAACCCCACUUAUGUUUUGAAGUCUUCGAGGACUGUUUCCGUGGAUCAGAUCAAAGCUGUUCUUUCCACGGAACAAAAAGAAACCACAGAGGAAACAUAUGAUAUUUUUCUGCUGCCGCCUGGCGAAGAACCUGAAGCUUGUCAAUCAUAUCUGAGGAUGAGGAACAGGGAUGGCAGAUACACUCUCAUGUUCGAGGAAUGGGUGAAGGAUAUGCCUUUCAUAAUAUCGCCAAGAAUCAGUUUUGAAGUCAGCGUGCGCCUUCUUGGCGGGUUGAUGGCCUUAGGCUACAGCAUUGCCUCUAUCUUGAAAAGGAAUAGUCACGUCUUCUCCGAUGACAAAGUUUGUGUCAAAAUUGAUUGGUUGGAGCAACUGAACCGCCACUAUGUUCAGGUGCAAGGAAAAGACCGUUUGUAUGUCAAACACAUCGGUAUGCAGCUGGGACUGGAUGGUUCAUAUGUUCCCCGCACUUACAUCGAGCAAAUUCAAGUGGAAAAGCUUGUGAAUGAUGUUAUGGCUUUGCCAGCUGAUCUAAAGACAAAACUAAGCAUUGAUGAUGAUGCGGCAGCCUUGAGCCCCAAAGAGGCUUUGUCUCGAGCCUCUGCUGAUAGGAGAAUGAAGUUUCUUAACCGUGGGAUGUCGCUCUCAUUUUCAACUCAGCGCGAGAAACAUAUCAGCAAACUGGCAAAGCUUGCAGUAAAUAACAGGAGAUAUGAUGGACGAACUCCUGAUUCGCCAGUAGUUGCUAACCAGGGUGCAAUCGCUCACCUCUGUGAACAGAUCUCUACCCUGACAGAGCGAAUGGACGAGUUCACAUCUCGGUUGGAAGAGAUAAACACAAAAAUGUCAGCAAGGAGUUUCCCUCCCAGCGAACAAAAUGCGACGGUUUUUUCAGAAGUAAUGAGCAAUGGCUCCGUGCCUAGCUCUCUUUUUGUAGCUGGUCCCGGCAACAGCUCGUUGACUGGGGGUUCCAUGUUGCGUCACUCAUCUUCUUCUUCUCAAUUGACCAGGGACUCUCUCAUGGAAGAAGUGGUUGCAGUUGGGAGAGGGCAGCGGCAGAUCAUGCAUCAGAUGGACAUAUUGAGCAACGCGGUGCGGGAGAGAUAUGGAGAGAGGGCUCAGCAAGAGAGGACGUCGGGAAGGAUGGGAGAGAUUGAAGCCAUUGGAGUUCCAUUGCUGCUCAGCUUGGCUGUUGGUGGCAUGGGUAUCUUCUUGCUCAGAACCCUGUCAUCUUAAAAAAUCUCUGUGCUGACUGACCCAGCAUGAUGAUGAUAAUGAUGAUGUGCAGAAAAGAGGGCUGCAAGUGUGUUUUUUUACUUGAAUAAAUAAUGUUAAGAAAAAUGUGUACCUUUUUCUGUGUUGGUAAAUAAUUAAAUAAAUGUAAAUACCGGGAAGGGGUUAUUUAAUUUAUUCUUCUUUUAUGUGUAAAAACUGCAACCCUUGUAAUGUAUGUGUAUUUACUAAGCCUUAUUUGUCUAUAUAUAAAGGUCCCGUUUGGCAACAACUUUUGCAUUUAGCUUUAGAAUUUUGAAAAAAAUUAUCUGGUGCUAU